GAGACUUAUGUGUAAAGAGAUAAGACUGAGAAGAGCGAGGUCCGCUGUGGGUUCCAAGCAGAUUUUGGGGCCUUUUGUCUUGUGGGAGAAAGGCCGCAGAAGAGUACUCUGCUUGUCACUUGAGAAGGGGACGUACUUUCCAACAGUGAUCAGUAAGCUGUGGAGACUGAGGCUAUGCAUCUCAGCAGCUCCAAGAGUGGAGUAGUGCUGGCUCCAGUGUCCCGAGGUCCUGAUGCCUGUCAGAUGAUAACCAGAGGCCAGUUCGGCCAGGAUCCGCCACAAAGAACAGUCCUAGGAGUGCUAACUGAGAAUGGGCAGUACAGGAGGACCUGUGGCCAGGGGCUCACCACACUCAGGUGUUUCUCUGGAUCAGAAAAUGUCUUCCCUCUAGCUGGAAAGAAAGCGUUGUCCGACAGCAGGGUUCAGGCACCUGCCAAGCAAGGAUUUGACAUCUACAUGGAUGAGCCUGAGCGGGGGACCAGAGAUAGCUGCCCAGGGAGAAAGGGGAUGGCCUUAGAGGAUGCGUAUGAAGUAGACACCAGCGCACUCAAGUCAGACCUUCACUUCCUGUUGGAUUUUAACACAGUUUCUCCUAUGCUGGUAGAUUCAUCUCUCCACUCUCAGUCUGAAGAUGCAUCAGAUUUUGGUACCGAUGUGAUAAAUGUGACUGAAUAUGCUGAGGAAAUUCAUCAGUACCUUAGAGAAGCUGAAAUAAGACACAGGCCCAAGGCACACUACAUGAGGAAACAGCCAGACAUCACAGAAAGCAUGCGGACCAUUCUGGUGGACUGGCUGGUUGAGGUCGGAGAAGAAUACAAGCUCCGGGCAGAGACCCUCUACCUGGCCGUCAACUUCCUGGACAGGUUUCUUUCCUGCAUGUCUGUUCUUAGAGGGAAACUGCAGCUUGUAGGAACAGCAGCUAUUCUCCUGGCUUCGAAAUAUGAAGAAAUAUAUCCACCCGAGGUAGACGAGUUUGUCUACAUAACUGAUGACACCUACACAAAACGACAACUGCUGAGAAUGGAACACCUGCUCCUGAAGGUCCUGGCGUUUGAUCUGACAGUGCCAACUACCAACCAGUUCCUCCUUCAGUACUUGAGGAGGCAAGGAGUGUGCGUCAGGACUGAGAACCUGGCCAAGUACGUAGCAGAACUGAGUCUCCUUGAAGCUGACCCGUUCUUGAAAUACCUUCCUUCACUGAUAGCUGCAGCUGCUUAUUGCCUGGCAAACUAUACUGUGAACAAGCACUUCUGGCCAGAAACCCUCGCCACAUUUACAGGCUAUUCAUUAAGUGAAAUUGUGCCUUGCCUGAGUGAGCUACAUAAAACGUGCCUCAGUAUACCCCAUCGACCUCAGCAAGCAAUCAGGGAGAAGUACAAGGCUUCAAAGUACAUGCACGUGUCUCUCAUGGAGCCACCCACGGUCCUUCCUCUGCAAUGAGUUUCCGAACUCAAGCGCCUUCAGGAUUUAACCUCCUGAUCAACAGACUCGGUCGUGAUUUUUACAGGUUUUCUGCAGGUUGCGUCAAACUAGUGUUGCUGCAAUAUAGGUGACAUAGUUUUUAGAAUGUAAGUGUAUUUAGGUUCUCCUAGACAUAGUAGCUUGUAAUAUAGUCUAGUACUUUCUAAAGAAUAAACCUAUCUUCUGAUCAGGUGUUAGACUUAUUUACUGCUGACUAUGGCUGACACGCUUGCCUGGAAUUUUAGUUGAGAGUAUUACAAAUGUCAUUUCUAUUUUAAGAGUGCUUCUACAUUGGUUUUAUAAAUCUGGUAUGCUGUUAGGAUUAAGUGUUCUGAGGAAUCCAGAGAUUUUCAUGUUUGGUAAAUCACUACCCUGAGACAUUUUUCUUCCUAUCUUUUUACUCCUCAUGUAGCUCUCCAUAAACUGGCAAGGGUGAAUGCCAAGUCUAGACGGAUUAGUGAAGGGACAUAAGCAAGCAUUAUCUAUUCUGGUGUCCCUGUCAGGCCCUGGGGGGUAAAGACAGUGGAUUGAAGAAUAAAUGUUAUCAGAUACCUCAGAGGGGUAAUUUACCUAACUUCAUUCUCACUGAGGGUUAUGAUGCUUAUUUUGUAAAGGACUUUUAUUUCAAUGUCCAGUUUUGAUUUAGUCACCCAUCAAGCAUAUAUUCAGCUUUAGAAGAUGUUCAGAGAGGUAGAAGAAGAAAAUUUUACCAUACAAUGGGACCUCAUAAUAAUUAAGCUAAUCCCAGGCUUCCCUGGUGGCCCAGUGGUUAAGCAUCUGCCUGCCAGUGCAAGGGAUACAGGUUCAAUCCAUGGUCCAGGAAGAUUUCACAUGCCUCGGAGCAAC